GCCUUAUGGCUGACGGGGGAGUGGAACUGCGCUGCUCAACUGGCCGAGACGACCCAUAGCCGUCCCGAUGAACACCUACACGCAUGUUGGGGCCGGGAUGGCCAAGUCCCCCAUUUUGUGGCUUCCCUGCGAACUGCUCGUGCAUAUGGCGUCUUAUCUCUACUCCGAGGACCUGUUCUCCUUCCGCCUAGCCUGCCGUUGUAUCGAGAGGUGCUUAUUCGUGAACUUCCGCGAGGAGUUCUUCUCCGAUAGGCGUUUCAUGGUUACCCAGCGCCUGACAUGCUUGGUCGAAAUAUCGAAACACUACGCGCUGGCGGAAUGCCUAUCGAAAGUCACCAUCGGCCUCGACCGACUGUACAGCAGCGACGCCCUGCCCCAAAACGCGAGCACCUCCCCGAUAGCCCAGGCCGACGAUGCCAGGAUCGAUAUGGACGGGCUGGAAGAGCUGGCCACGGAGCAGAACUGGCUCACAAGCAGCGGCAAAUUGCAGCUGCUGCUCGGGGAGGCGUUUAGGAACCUGCCCCGGCUGGCCGAGCUCAGCGUGCGGGACAGCAACGUCGCGAGGCGGUCGAGCCGGCCCGGGGCGAGCCAGGUGCUCGUGAGCUACGGGGUGGCCCACAUCUUCCGGGAGACGGGCAUCGACCUGCGGGCGGAGCGGGCCAGGCUGCGCACCGAGGACUCGUUCCCGGACGUGGUGCUCUCGACGGCGCUGCUGGCGGUGGGGGCGAGCGGGAAGGCGCUGGGCGCGCUGACGGCCGACAUCGAAAACGUGUUCAUGGGGUUCUCGAGCAGCGCGUUCGCGAUGCCGCGGUUCGCCGUCGACGCCAUGAAGCCGGUCUUCGCGGGGAUGACGUCGCUGGAGCUGACGGUGGCCUUCGCGCACACGCUCGGCGGCGUCGGGUCGAUGACGCGGGGCUUCCUGCGGUGGCAGCCGCACCGGCUGUUCGCGCUGCUGGAGCAGAUGCCGAACCUGGCGUGCCUGCGGGUCAAGUCGAGGGGCGAGGGGUUCCUGCCGGAGGGGAUCAUCGGCUGGCUGGCGGGGCUGGUGGACGUGGAGAACGGCGAGCGGCCGGAGGCGUCGACGCUGUACGGGCCGCUGCUGCGGAGCGGGCCGGCGCGGCUGGCGGCGACGCCGCCGUCGCUGCGGUUCCGCAACCUGGGCGAGCUGGAGCUCGAGCACAUGCUGGCGCCGCAGGCGAGCAUCGUCAAGGUGCUGCGGUGCGUGGCGCCGUCGCUGCGGCGGCUGCACCUCAGCGCGGUGGGCGUGCGCGUCCAGCGCGGCGACCAGGAGCUGGACAACAACCCGGAGUACCCGAACGCGUGGACGUCGCUGUUCCGGUUCAUGUCGCGCGCCAUGAGCCUGAGCCAGAUCCGCGUCCGCGCGCUCGGCCACGACCCGCUCGCCUGCCAGUCCGGCUCGCGCCACCAGGUCGCGUUCCGCCGCUCGCCCGCCGGCGAGCAGUCCGUCCUGCCGAACGGCAUGAUCAACGGCUGGCUGUGCGCAGGCACCCCGCGCGAGAUGCGCCGCUUCCUCCUCGAGGUCGCCGAGAACACUAUUAUCGUGUGCCGCCAGUGCCAGCAGCGGAACCCGGGCUACUUUUCCUUCGAAGACAUCGUCCACCAAGAGUAGAUAUACCA